UCUGAUAAAAAAGAAAGGUCCUUUUUUUCUGAUCUCUCAGAAAGAAUUGUACUCAAAGCCAUUAGUAUUAUUUUUGGCCAAAUGGGUGUCGAUCAAUGUCAUCGGCGGUGGCUAUGGCGGUGUUUUCUCCUUUUUAUCGGAAUACUAACCGUUUCAACCACCAUAACCGCUUCCGACACUCACAAUAAGCGCGAACAUCUUGUCUCUAGAAUUGCCUUUGGAUCAUGUUCCAACCAAAGUGCUCCUCAGCCUAUAUGGGAUGCAGUGUUAGACUUCAAUCCCCAAAUAUUUAUAUUGCUGGGAGAUAACAUUUACGGAGACAACAAACGUCCUUUUAAAAUAUUUGGACGGGAAAGGACAAUUGGGCCAUGGAAGAAUGUUCCGCGAUUCCUUCCUGCCUCUGAGCAGGAAAUGGAGGCUAAAUACCAGAAGGCUAAGUCAAAUCCUGGCUAUGCUCGGGUUAAAGAGAGUGCUGAGGUUAUUGGUACAUGGGAUGAUCAUGACUAUGGAUUAAACGAUGCAGGAAAAGAAUUUCAUGGAAAAAGGACCAACCAAAAGUUACUUCUUGACUUCUUGGAUGAACCAGAAGAUAGCCCAAGGAGGAAACAAGCUGGUGUCUAUACCUCGUAUACAUAUGGUCCCAUGGGCAAAGAUGUCAAGGUUGUUCUCUUAGAUACCAGAUACCACAGAGAUCCUAUAGGAAGUGAUGGAACCAUUUUGGGGAAUUCACAAUGGUCAUGGUUGGAGAGCGAGCUAAAUGGUCCACCAACAGCCCUUACAGUAAUUGGAUCUUCUAUUCAAGUUAUAUCAAAUCUAUCAGCAGCUGUUCAACCGAUGUUCUCUAUGGAAUCAUGGGGUCGUUUUCCAAAGGAAAGAGAUCGCCUUUUCAAAUUAAUAGCAGAUAGUAAGAGAGGUGGAGUUUUAUUUAUAAGCGGAGAUGUUCACUUUGGCGAAAUUACAAGAUACGACUGUGCUACGGACUAUCCACUAUUUGAUAUUACCUCAAGCGGGCUUACUCAAUCUGUUGAGGAGGUUCUUCCGCAUUUCUUACAUUCUCUAGUGAGAUUUGUGGCAUGGUUAACGCCGUCUACUAUGAGAGUUAGGGGACCAAAUUGCAAAUACACAUCUUGUGUAUAUGGCCAGCCAAACUUUGGAACCAUUGAGAUAGAUUGGGACUCUCAUCCAGUGAGUGUGAAAUUCGACGUCCGAGACAAGAAUGGGGUCGCCGUUACAGGUGUCAAUAUUCCAUUAUUGGAAUUACAUCCAUCAAAUUCAGAGACUCGUGACGGAGUAAAAGGAGAUAAUCAGAGGCAUUGCACUCUUGAAGUUAGUCUGCCGUGGAUUAAAAGAUAUCGCCUGGCGAUUUUCUUUUAUUUCACGAUAGGCAUGUUGGUCCUUGCAUUGAUAGGACUUGUUUAUGCAUCUGUCUCAAUUUUUCGACUUGGAGGAUGCAAACGAAAGCACGAGUGACACACUUAGAUAAAUACAAAUCAGCAAAAGGGAGCAUGUGUAAUAUCUUCUCCUUUGUAGAUUUAAGCUUAAUAGUGGUUAUAGGCCAAUAAGAUAUAUAGAGUAUUAUUCUAAUGUUUUCACUAGUAUGUAUAUUUAGUGUGUUUGGUUUCUAAUUUGAAUUUUUUUUUUUGAAAAAGUCUAAUUUGAAAUUUUUAAACACUGUUUAUUAUACUAGUACCCUAAUGCAAAACCAAACACACAUUUUGAAGUAGAUUUUUCAUUUUGCUUGGUUA